AUGACCCCUAAGAUCGCCGCUAGUGAGGAGGUUCCCUCGCCCCCGUCGUUAGUUACGUCUUCUCCUAAGAAGUUCGUGACUCCUAAGGGAACUCCGGCUCCGGAGGAGUCUCCACUCCGCCGUCUAUUACGUUGUAUUUAG